GUCAAAGUCUUAGCUGCAUCUCAGAAGCGGGGUCCCCAACAACAUUCAAACCUCGGCUCUCCGGGAGUCCAAUCCAACCCCGCACGACCUCACCUUGCACACAAACACAAUGUCCAAAGUCCACGUCGAGCCCGGCUCGUUCAAUGUCCCUGUGGGAAAAUUUCCCCAGACCUCUUCGUCGACUGAUGUCAAUGCCGCCCAGGUCGCGUCGCAGCUCGUCGAGAAGAUCAACACGGCCUUGAGUAAGGGAGAUGUCCAGGCGAUUUGUGACUUGUUCCUCGAAGACGGUUUCUGGCGAGACCAUCUUUGCCUGACAUGGGACUUUCACACUGCCAAAGGCAGAGAUAACAUCUUCAGCCUCCUCAAGUCUGCCCGUCUCCCCAGCAAGAUUGAGAUUGACAGCUCAUCGCCAUUCAAGGGACCUUAUCUCGGGCCCAUUGACGCAUUUGGAGAUGUCACUGGAGUAUUGUUCUUCAUCACGCUUUCAGACUCACUCAGCAACGGUAGGGGCCUCGUACGGCUGGCGGAGAAGGAUGGCGAGUGGAAGAUUUUCACCUUCUUCACGUCCAUGGUGGGAUUUGUUGACCACGCAGAGGCGGUGGACCAUAAAAGACCCCUGGGCGCGCAGCAUGGUGAGAACCCGGAUCGCAAGAACUGGCAGGAUCGUCGCACGGCCGAUAUCAAUGCCGAGGGAAAGUCCCCGACUGUCCUGGUCGUCGGUGCCGGGCAGUCUGGCCUCACCAUCGCGGCUCGUCUCAAGAUGCUGGGUAUUGAUGCGCUGGUCAUCGACGAAGAGGAUCGCAUCGGGGACAAUUGGCGCCGACGCUACCACCAGCUGGUGCUGCAUGACCCGGUGUGGUUUGACAACCUUCCCUACGUCCCAUUCCCUCCGAACUGGCCCAUCUUCACCCCCAAGGACAAGCUUGCCGAAUUCUUCGAGUGCUAUGCCAAGCUGAUGGAGCUGAAUGUGUGGACCAAAACGGGCAUCAAGAAGUCCUCGUGGGAUGGCCAAGAGAAGGUCUGGACGAUUGACCUGCAGAGACGAAAGGAGGACGGCACGGUGGAGACUCGCACCAUUCAGCCUCGGUAUAUCGUCCAGGCCACUGGUCAUUCUGGAAAGAAGAACCUACCCAACUUCAAAGGCAUCGACUCUUUCCAAGGCGAUCGCAUUUGCCACAGCAGCGAGUUUCCCGGUGCCAACCCCGAGUCCAAAGGCAAGAAGGCUGUCGUAGUUGGGGCAUGCAAUUCCGGUCACGACAUUGCGCAAGAUUACUACGAGAAGGGAUACGAUGUGACGAUUGUGCAGCGCAGCUCAACAUGCGUGAUUUCGUCGCAGGCGAUCGUCGACAUCGGUCUCAAGGGCUUGUAUGAGGAAGACGGCCCCCCGAACGAGGAUGCCGAUCUCUAUCUCUGGAGCAUCCCGUCGGAGCUGUUCAAGGCGCAGCAGAUCAAGAUCACCCGACUACAGAACCAGAGAGACCAGGCAACACUGGAGGGUUUAGAGCGAGCCGGCUUCCAGGUGGACCGGGGUCCAAACGAAGCGGGUCUACUAGUAAAGUAUCUACAACGGGGCGGAGGCUACUACAUCGACGUGGGAGCCAGCCAGCUGAUCGUCGACGGCAAAGUCAAAGUGAAGCAGGGCCAGGAGAUCACGGAGAUUCUCCCCCACGGUCUCCGGUUCGCGGACGGAACGGAGCUCGAAGCGGACGAGAUCAUCCUAGCCACGGGGUACCAGAACAUGUCAACGCAGGCACGGAUUAUUUUUGGCGACGAGGGCGCCGAGGUGAAUGAUGUGUGGGGAUUCGACGAGAGGGGAGAGAUGCGCAUGUGGCGCCGGACAGGCCAUCCGGGACUAUGGUUGAUGGGAGGAAACCUGGCUUUGUGUCGGUAUUACUCGCGGCUGUUGGCACUGCAGAUCAAGGCAUUGGAGCUGGGGGUUACAUCCUAUGAUGGUUAAGCACAGCUGCCAAGAUAAAACCGCUGUACAAAGAAGCAGUCAGCUCGUAGCAAUGAAUCCAGCCAGAUACAAAAAUAAACCCC